CCUGAGAUUCCCCACACUGAUAGAAGAACAGAGUCGCUCAGCUCUGAACGCCGCCGCGAGAAAGAGGCAUGGCGGCCGCACUGCUGCCGGAGACGGCGUCGCGGCUGCUGACUCCGGAGACCCUCCGCACGGCGGCCAAGCAGUCUCAGGGCAUCCACCUCGUCCCCAUCUCUCUCCGCCGCGCCAUCAAGCGCUACCUUCGCGACCAGGACAAGACGCACAUGCACAGAAAGGUGCUGCUGCUCUCGUCCUCCUUCGAGCGCGCAAAGGGCACCGGUGUGGAGCUGGCUGCGGCGGCCACCCGUGGGGCGCUCAUUGACGAUCCCCACGCGCCUGUGGGCGCUGAGCAGCGGACCGCGCGGUGGAAGGUUCGUUCUGCCUACGGGGAUAUCGGCCUUCAGUACCGUGCGGAUGAGACGGUGGCGUAUGUCGCCUCCCGCAUGCCUGCAAUCUACGCCGCAUGCCACCGCGUGCUCCGUGAGGUUCGUCGGAGAUCACCAGAUUUUGCACCUAAGAAUGUGUUGGACUUCGGAGCGGGGCCAAGCUCAGCACUUUGGGCAAUGAGGGCAGUGUGGCCGAAGUCAAUAGAGAGGGUUAAUUUGAUCGAGCCCUCCAAAGAAAUGCAGAGAGCGGGACAGACCCUUCUUGAUAAUUUGAAGGGAUUGCCACUUAUCCACAGUUAUGGUAGCAUCCAAGAGUUGAACCGCAGCAUCGAAAAACAUGAGAGAGGCCACGACCUUGUAAUAUCAUCUUACGCACUAGGUGAGAUUCCUUCGUUGAAUGACCGUAUAACAAUUGUGAGGCAGCUUUGGGACCUAACAAAAGAUGUUUUGGUUUUGUUAGAGCCUGGAACUCCUCAAGGGUCAAAGAUUAUAAGCCAAAUGCGCUCAUAUAUCCUUUGGAUGGAAAAGAGAAAGUGCCGCAAAAUCGAGAAAUCCACAUCCGGUGCUCCAAGUGAAACUAAGAGCAUUGUUGCUCAAGAAGCUUUGCUGAAAAAUGGUGCUUUUGUGGUUGCCCCGUGUCCUCAUGAUGGUCGGUGUCCAUUGGAGAAUUCAGACAAAUACUGCCACUUUGUUCAGAGAUUGGAGAGGACAUCAACACAACGUAUCUACAAGAGGUCAAAAGGUGUGCCUUUGCGUGGUUUUGAGGACGAGAAAUUCUGUUAUGUUGCUUUAAGAAGGGGCAAGCGACCAGAGGAAGCUUGGCCACUCGAUGGCAUGAAAUUUGAUACUCUUAAAGAACGUCAUGCCAAGAGAAACCCAGAAGAUUUUAUCAUUGACUAUGAUGAACAAUUUCCAAGUGAGGAAGAUGAAGAAGCUGUUGCUGGCGAUGAGGACAGUUCGGUCCCAGAUGACAGUUUGGUCCCAUAUGCUUCUGAUACACAAGAAUUAAGUCUAUUCCAUGAGAGUGGAGCAGAGGAGGAAGACGAACCCAUCCGUGCUGGUCUUGGAGGAGGUUGGGGCCGGAUUAUAUACAGCCCCAUUCGAAGAGGAAAGCAAGUGCAGAUGGAUGUUUGCCGUUCUACCAAAAGGGAUGCAUCCGAGGGCGCAUUCGAGCGUGUCAUUGUCACACAAAGCAAGAACCCCGCCUUGCAUCUCCAGGCCCGGAAGUCACUGUGGGGUGAUCUUUGGCCAUUUUAAGCUACACAAGCUUCAAGCUUGGUUGUAGCCAUAGGAGCUC